CGCGACGCGUCGCCACGCAAUGCAAACUGGGAAAAGGGGCCGACUCCGCUAGUUCCGUCCGGAAAACGACUGCGGCGGCUCCCUCGGGCUGUGGGCGAUGGGCGUUGGGCGCGCAGGCCGGCGCUAGCUAGGCGGCCGGCGCACGGAAAGAGCUACUUUUCAUGCAUUCUGAAAGUGGAAAAGUAAAGCUUAUUCAUCAUGCCUGCUGUGGCUUCAGUUCCUAAAGAACUCUACCUCAGUUCUUCACUAAAAGACCUCAAUAAGAAGACAGAAGUGAAGCCCGAGAAAAUAAGCACUAAGAGUUAUGUGCACAGUGCUCUGAAGAUCUUCAAGACAGCAGAAGAAUGCAGAUUAGAUCGUGAUGAGGAAAGAGCCUACGUACUAUACAUGAAAUAUGUGACUGUUUAUAACCUUAUCAAAAAAAGACCCGAUUUCAAGCAACAACAGGACUACUUUCACUCAGUACUUGGACCUGCAAACAUCAAAAAAGCUAUUGAAGAAGCUGAAAGACUCUCUGAAAGCCUCAAACUGAGAUACGAAGAAGCGGAAGUUCGGAAAAAGCUGGAAGAGAAAGACAGACAGGAGGAAGAGCAGCUGCAGCAGAAGCGGCAGGAAGCAGGAAAAGAGGAUGCUAGUACGACGGCCAAAGGUUCUUUGGAGAGUGUAUUGGAUUCCAAAAGCAAACCCCAAAGGAUCAAUGGUGAAAAGAGUGAAAAAAAAGAAACUGCAGAGAAAGGAGCAAUCACAGCAAAGGAGCUGUACACCAUGAUGAUGGACAGAAACAUCAGCGUGUUGAUCAUGGAUGCACGCAAGACACAGGAUUACCGGGACUCCUGCAUCGUGGAUUCUCUCUGCGUUCCUGAAGAAGCCAUCAGUCCUGGAGUCACUGCCAGUUGGAUUGAAGCAAACCUCCCAGAGACCUCCAAAGACACAUGGAAGAAGAGGGGGAAUGCGGAUUGUGUGGUACUUCUUGACUGGUUUAGUUCUGCAAAAGAUUUGCAGCUGGGAACGACUCUGCGCAGCCUGAAGGAUGCACUUUUUAAGUGGGAAAGCAAAACUGUCCUGCGCAGCGAGCCGUUGGUUUUAGAGGGAGGCUAUGAAAACUGGCUCCUCUGCUAUCCCCAGUACACAACAAAUGCCAAAGUCACUCCACCGCCACGAGGCAAGAACGAAGAGGUGUCUAUCUCAUUGGAUUUUACUUAUCCCUCACUGGAAGAGUCAGUUCCUUCCAAACCUGCGCAGAUGCCGCCUCCUCCUGCAGAAGUAGAUGAAAAUACAGAACUGAGACAUGAUCAAGGAGGGCUGAAUACGUCAGUGCCAGCUGAACCGGUGACUGCUUCCAAAGCUGAUGGUUCGCCCACAAUUCAGCCAUUGCCUAUUAUAAAGAAUGUUCCACAGAUUGAUCGCACUAAAAAACCAGCAGUCAGACUUCCUGAAGAUCACAGAGUAAAACCUGAGAGUGCAGACCACGAGCAGCAGCCUCCUCAGAGUGGAAGAGCCACCCCUGACCGCUCCACCAAGCCGGCGUUUCCCCCGGCAGCUGCCGUGUUGACAGAUGAAGAGAAAGCACGGAUUCAUGCAGAAGCUGCUCUGCUCAUGGAGAAAAGCAAGCAGGAAAAAGAACUUCGGGAGAGACAGCAGGAGGAACAGAAAGAGAAGCUAAGGAGGGAAGAACAAGAACAGAGAGCCAGGAAAAAACAAGAAGCCGAAGAAAAUGAAAUCCCAGCAAAAGAAGCAGUGGAGAAGAGAGAAGUUGAACAAGCCAAGAAGGAAGACAAAGAACCCUCAGCAAAGAGGGGCAAAGAAACAACAGGAUUGAAAAGACAGAGUAAAAGUGAACACGAGACUUCCGAUGCCAAGAAGUCUGUGGAUGACAGGGGGAAAAGGUGUCCAACUCCGGAAGUGCAGAGAAAGCCAGUGGGAGACGCCCCUGCACCUGUGCCGGGAGAUGUGAGUGCGGGCAAGGGCCAACGGGAGCCUUUGACAAGAGCGCGGAGUGAAGAAAUGGGAAGGAUCGUCCCGGGGCUGCCCUCCGGCUGGGCCAAGUUUCUGGACCCGAUCACCGGAACCUUCCGUUACUACCAUUCGCCCACCAAUACUGUCCACAUGUACCCCCCAGAAAUGGCUCCUUCCUCUGCUCCUCCUUCCACCCCCCCGACUCACAAAGCCAAGCCCCAGGCUCCUGCUGAGCGGGACAGGGAGCCAUCUAAGCUGAAGCGCUCCUACUCCUCCCCGGACAUCACCCAGGCUGUGCAGGAGGAGGAGCGGAGGAGGCCCGCAGUGACGCCCGCCGUGAACCGGGAGAAUAAGCCAGCAUGCUACCCUAAAGCCGAGAUCUCCAGGCUCUCUGCCUCUCAGAUUCGCAACCUCAAUCCUGUCUUUGGAGGCUCAGGACCAGCCCUCACUGGACUUCGAAACUUAGGGAACACGUGCUACAUGAAUUCGAUCCUGCAGUGCCUGUGCAACGCUCCACAUCUGGCUGAUUACUUCAACAGGAACUGUUACCAGGAUGAUAUUAACAGAUCAAAUUUGUUGGGGCAUAAAGGAGAAGUGGCAGAAGAGUUUGGUAUAAUCAUGAAAGCACUGUGGACAGGACAGUAUAGGUAUAUCAGCCCAAAAGACUUUAAAAUCACCAUCGGGAAGAUCAAUGACCAGUUCGCAGGCUACAGCCAGCAGGACUCACAGGAACUGCUGCUCUUCCUCAUGGACGGUCUCCAUGAAGAUCUAAAUAAAGCUGAUAACCGAAAGAGACAUAAAGAAGAAAACAACGAUCAUCUGGAUGACUUCAAAGCUGCAGAACAUGCUUGGCAGAAACAUAAACAGCUCAACGAAUCCAUUAUCGUUGCACUUUUUCAGGGUCAGUUCAAAUCUACAGUGCAAUGCCUCACGUGUCAUAGGAAAUCCAGGACAUUUGAGGCCUUCAUGUAUCUGUCUCUCCCACUAGCCUCCACCAGCAAAUGUACACUGCAGGAUUGCCUUAGAUUAUUUUCCAAAGAAGAAAAACUCACAGAUAACAACAGAUUUUACUGCAGUCAUUGCAGAGCUCGGCGGGAUUCUCUCAAAAAGAUAGAAAUCUGGAAGUUGCCACCUGUGCUUUUAGUGCAUCUGAAACGUUUUUCCUAUGAUGGCAGGUGGAAGCAGAAACUGCAGACGUCUGUGGACUUCCCACUAGAAAACCUUGACUUGUCACAGUAUGUUAUUGGUCCAAAGAACAAUUUGAAGAAAUACAACUUGUUUUCAGUUUCAAAUCACUACGGCGGGCUGGACGGAGGCCACUACACUGCUUACUGUAAAAACGCAGCAAGACAGCGGUGGUUUAAGUUUGAUGAUCAUGAAGUUUCUGAUAUCUCUGUUUCUUCUGUGAAGUCGUCAGCAGCAUAUAUUCUCUUUUAUACUUCACUGGGACCACGAAUAGCCGAUGUAGCCACAUAAGGAGACGCAGGUGCCGAGUUAGGUUCUCAAAGGCUGAGCAGCACAACUUCUGAAAUGCCUAUGCGGUAGCAGGCGGCCGGCCGUGCGAGGGUUCUAGGCCCGGGGAGCUGUUCCUAGCACUAACUCUGAUGGUCCAGGCCGGCGCUCUUACCAGAACUGACAGGCAGUGUUAGCACGAAUCGCAGUAAGCAGCCCGUCCAGGUACCAGUUAUUUCAAAACAACUUUUUUAGUCUGCUCCAAAGUUAAAGUAACCAACUAGCAAAGCAUUAUUAUACUACUGGUCAAAGAACCACUGUAACCUUCAUUUCCCUUUUCACUCUUAUGGCCUUUUCACAUUUCUGACCCCGGCUUGAUCUCUGAUCCUCUAGAUGAUGGAAAGCAGGUAGGAAUGUAUGUGUACAUAUUUAUUGCACACUUGCACAUCAGAUCGAUGUACAUAGUUUAACGUGUUCUCUUGGUGAAGCUUAGAGCUCAGAGGACUGCAUUUUAGUUUUUUUGGCCUAUCCUGAGUAACUGCAGUGCUUUCUUAGGGAAACGACAGGGCAAAGCUAUUUUUCUGUUGGCUUUGGGCUGUAUUUGUGCACUAAAUCUUUAUUCUAAAAAAAAACUUUCUUUAAUUUUUUAAAAAUGAGAAUCUCAUUACUACAUUAAAAUCUUAAUGAGAAAAAUAA